UCCAGUCAUAGAUACUUUAAUUCGAAGUAAAUAGCCUAAUACGUCGACUUUACAAACAGUAGUUUACCGAGCUCUAAGUAUGGAACCACGUAGAACACAUAUUACAUGUAGAACGCAUCCAUUUAUUUACGUCUAUUGCGGCUUUGUGGUUUUCAAGAUGGCGGAUAUGUUGCGAUUAUGUGAGAAGCUUGUCAUGGUUUGAAUGUCAUUUACUGAGGUGGAAGCUGAUUUCAUCCUGUCAUGGCGAGAAAUAUUCGGCUGCUGCAACGAACGGUAGGAUAAAUAUUUAUCUGUUAUGAAAAGCAGAAAAAAUAGACAUGUUCGGCUCCUAUAAAGAUGCCACGUCCUGUUAUAAUAACCAGUCUAUUUUUGAGAAUCGCAAUCAGGCCUCUUUUCCACCAGGAGAGUCCUCCAAACAAACAUCGGGUCCUCCGUGGGAUUACUCUCAACAGGCCUUCAGUACUGUGCCUUGUUAUACGGGGGACCAGACCAUGAAUCAUAGACAUACAGCUGCCAUCCAUAAUUCUCAAGUGGUGUCUCAGUAUGAGAAUAAAAAUAUUCUUGCUCAUUAUAGAAAUAUAAGUACAGGUAGUAAUAGUAAUCAGUCUGUUGUCAGGCCUAGAGCAGUGAUCAACUGCCAGUCCAAUUGUAAUGCAUGUUACAAUCACUCUGUUGCAAGAAUUCCUCACCCCUGGAAUCCACCCUCAGCAGAAAGUAUGCAUUACAUUACUGGAAACUCGGCAGUGUCCUUGCCAGGAGAUGAGAUUCCAAGAUUUGCACCAAAUUUAGCUGGUUUUUCUCAGCAUGAGGACUCUUCGCAUCAUUUUACAAGUGGUUUUGCAACUCAGCUUACGAAACUGUCAAAGUUUGCAAAAGAUCCUUCUCCAGGUAUUUUGUCCACAGCAACACCAAAGAAUGACAUUCUUUCACCUGUAGAAGAUUCUAGUGUUCUCAGGCCUCAGCACCAUCCAUCAAGAGUGGAACCCAUAUCAGAAAAGUACAUUCCUCCUGUCCCAAGUGAAAAUACCCCAGCCAAAAAGGACUCCUGUGUUGCUUGCCAUGGUGUAUGUGCUAGGCCUAAUUGUAAGUUAUACGAACAACAGACAGUGAAAUUCCCCAGUCUUGAACCUAUUUCCAUCCAACAGUAUGGAGUGUCAAGAGAAAAUGUGAGAUAUACUAGACAUUCAGUACCAACAUUAAAUGGUGGAAGUUCAUCUUGCAACCAGUGGCAUCAGUCACCAGGGCUGUGGCUGCAAAAUGGCCAUCCACCAGGCUUCUGGAUGCCUGCAUCAGAAGAUAUACAUAGCAUGGGAAAUGCAGGCAUGACAAAUUUCUGGAGUGAUCGAAGCAGUUGUGAGAUUUCUGGCCAGCAAAUGCCCCUGCCCCCAAACUAUCAUGACAGAUCUUCUAACAAAUCUGCAAGUCAGAUGAGGAGCCACCUACCAUCACAGCAGCAGAAAGGAGGGGGAACUUUGCAUGAUGGAGAAAGAAAUGAUAAAUUGCGACAAAAUAUGUUCCAGCAAUAUCAGAAAGUUUCUGAGAUACCACAAAGAUAUUCAGAAAUGUCUGUGAGACAGAAGAGUCCAGAAGAAAUGGCUGUGUCACAGGUAUAUCAUGAGCUGUUGCCACGAAGAAGCCAGCAGCAUGAGCCGUUGGUGGAAUGUGGGAUGCCAUAUCGACAAGAUGUUAUUCAGAGGCAUCAGACACAGGUGGUGAAGUCACACAUGGAGAUUCAGAGCAACAAGGAUGAUAGAGGUCUUCACGAACAUCCCAAUACCAUCACUUCAGAAUUACGCCAUCAGGAUAUUGCCAGGUCACAUAUCAGCUCAAAUGGAAUCAAUUCAGGUCCGGUAUUGCCAAAUUUCCCUCCUACCUCAACAGAAAUGCAUACAGACCAAUCACAGCAAGAUAUUUUGAGAAAGUAUCCAGUGACCAACUUUGCUGCAUAUCCACCUCAUGAUGCUAAAGUUUCUGCUUCUUCCUCUUCAAACUAUUCAACUGUACUUGGGAUUGCACAGGCACCAUCACGGUUCAGCUCAAACGUAACUUAUACUCAAAGUAAGAUAUCCAGAAGUAAUAACUAUAUGAGAUUGUUUUCAGAACCGUGCCUGGAAGACUCAUUCGGUCCAUCUGGUGCUCGUGAUGUGAGCAAUGGUUUUGUUUCAAACAGCAGCACUGUUACAGUAAACUCAGUAGCAACUACAGGUCCCUCACAUCAACAAAUGCCUUACCAUAACAAAGAAAUUUCAAAUACUGGAAUGAACUGCUCAGUACAAAUUCAAUCUCCAUCUAAUAAUACAUUAUCAUCAGACUCCAUUCUUAGGUAUGGUAGCAUGAAGGACUCAAGUAAAGCCCCUGUUGUUAUUACAACCAGUACCAAUGCUUCUGCUGCUACAGCUCGGAUUUCUCCUCAUCUGCAGUCGUGUGGCAGGAUGUCUUCUGAUAAUAUCUCUUCAUAUCACAGUGGCAGUGCAACAAUGCAGGUGGUUGAGAAUGACCCUUCAUGCAGCCUAGGAAACUCUGCAGGACUCAAUAUGAAUCCCAAAAUUCUAAAUAGCUCAUCAUAUAUCAUAUCACCACCCCACAGACGAGAGUCAGUGCUUGCAGGAUCUCAGCAUGUGCCCUAUCAGAAUUUUUUAGCAGGUGUUAGAUCAGAGAAUGUGCCUACAUGUAACAUGUUUCGUGGAAAUAACAGUUCCAUGUUGCAUUCAGGUUUGUUUGAUGAUUUUGGUAAGAAUUACAACAGUGCCCAUAUUUUAGGGACAAAAGCAGACAUGCUUAUUCGGCCAUCCAAACAAAACUCUCAGAUCAUACCACCCAACAUUUAUUCCCAAAGCAACAUGUCUGCACCAAUUGGUGGUGUUGAACAACAAUUAUUACCACAAAUGGAUGAUAUGGGUUCCAGUCGUCCUAUCAAGAAACGCAAACCCCACACUAAAGGUAAAGAUAAACGUGAUCGAGUCCAAUUAUUAGGGAAGCAUUGGCAUCAGGGAAGAAGCAGUCGACAAGCGGCAUUGGCUCCUGUACUUGACGUGCGACAGUUUUUAGCUACCUGGGAUGAGGAGACAGAUAACCUGUCACCAGCUCCACAGUUGCCAGAUGUUGUUCUCAGUAAUAGUUCUACAGAAAAUCCAUUGCUAGUGCUGGAUUGCAGAAAUCUUAAUACUAAUGGUGUUGCAACAUUAUCAACAGUUGACAGAAAUUCAUUAUCAGAUGGCAGUCCUACUGAAAAUUUAAUUCAUAUGUACCAGCAACAUUUGGCAAGUCCAUCAGAAUCCAGUAUUGCUAGUAAUGAUACUGUGAAAAGUAACAGUCAGACAUUGCAAGAGAAUUCGGAUGUCAUGGCACAAUCUCUGGGAGAAUGUCCAAGUUUAAUUCCAAUUGAUCCUGACAGACUGGAAAAAUUUGGACCAUCAGACAACUGUAUUAAGUCUUCACCUGAGCACAGAACAUUUGAACAUGAUAAACCUUCUUUCCAUCAGAGACAAGAAGGUGAACCAUCCACACAAAUUGAUGUCAGUAAAAGCUCUGUUAGUAAAUCUGAUAUAGUUGAUGGUUUGGUAGAGGCAUCAACAAUUUCUGUGAUUGAUAAAAUCCACAACAGUCUGGAUAAUAUUACCACACAUUCUGUUAUUUCUGACAACAUUCCAGUGCGUGACUGUCAUACUCUGGCUGAAAGCUUAUCAUCACAAACAAGCCCUUUGCCUGAAAAUUGUGAUAGCUUUAAUGAAAUUCAUGAGAAAUCCAAUGGUACUGAUUCAGAGAACAGUGUUGUGGUUCAAGAUGAAUCUAGGACAAGUGAUGAUGAUAUUCAUCAGGAUGUACAAUUAAAAUCCAAAUGUGAGUCAAAAAAUGAUGACUGCUUGAAUUCAGAUCAAAAGAUGCCAUUAUCUUACAGUGAGAUUCAGCAUAUGGGUCUUAUCAGGUCAUUGGAAAAGAAACAUGCAGAUUACCACCAGAGUAGAAAAGGUAGGACUCAAAAAUUACCAAGUUUGAUAAGUAAUAAUAGGAUAGUUGUUCAUACAUUGAAGGCUCUUUGUAGAUCUAUGAUUGAACGCAGCACAGAAAUGCAGCAGACAUUUGAGAAACAGAUUUGUUCAUAUGAGAAAACAUCGGUUACAAAUUCUUCUGCAGGAGAAAUUACAGUUUUAGGAACAGAACUGUUUGGCACUUUGUGUGAUAAAGAAGUUGAAAAGACAUGUGCUGAAAGUAGCUCCUCAGUUUUAGACACAAAGAAUAUUACAAAAAUAUCUUGUUCUUCAGAAAACAGUUACACCAAAAAUUUAACCGUACGUUUGUCAGAAUCCACAGAGCUGCCAUCUUUAUCAAACCAAACAAAUUAUGUUUCACAUCCAAAAAUUCAACUUAAGAAGAAACCAAGUGCUAAUAAUAAAGCAUUGUAUGAGAAGACUGAAAAUACCAGAAUAGCAGAAAAAGAUGUGAAGUCAUUUACACAUGAUAUGCUGAUGAAAGAGAAAACUCCCAAGGAGACCAGUACACAUACCUCAGAGAUCUCUUAUUUAGAAUCAAAUAAUGUAACUCAAAUUAUUAACAAUAAAAAAGCAACUAGUGAUCCUGCUCUGAAGUUAUUUGACAUAGCACUGCAUUCAAGUAGGUUUAAUACCAAAACUGUGAGUGAAGAUGCAUUAGUAAAUACUGAUAUUGUCCCAGCACAUUCACCUUCCAGUCCUAACAUGACUGAAAACGAAUUGUCCAAUACCCACUUAUCUCAGAAUAGUAUAGAACAAGACAUCACAGAAAAUAAACCAGUUAUAACAGAAGAAGAAAAAUUAAGUGAACAAGAUGUGAAGAGUGGUUCUACAGAACCAGUUGAACUUAACAAAAGUGGAAGGGGCUUACAUGAUGUCAGUGUUUCAGUCACCAGUGAAUCGGAGACAAACCAAUUGAACCUGUUUUCAUACUCAAGUGAUCUUGGAGAGGACUUGGAUAUGUCUGUUACAUCUAGUACACCAGCUACUCCUGUCAAUGUGGAAGAAGUGGAAGAAGAAUCUGGCAGUGAAGAGUUAGAAAUGAUGUAUCAGGGCUCUGUUUUGUCUGACUUGGAUAGUGACAUCAGGUUUCAGUCUCAUGACUGCAUUUCAUUUUCAAGUUUACCUUGUAUAUCAAAGAAGCCUGCUUGUGAAGAUGAUGAACAUUCUUGCCAUUCCUUAGGCAUAUUAGAAAGUUUAGACAAAUCCCAUGGAUUUCUUGGAACUCCAGGUGGCAAUAUUCAGUGUCCAGGGGAAGAAAAUAUUGAUUCUGAAGUCUUGAGUAAUAGCAAGGGGGGAGUAGUUGGAAUGUGUGCAUUGAAAUUUUCAGAUAAGACUUAUAAUAAUAAAUGUGUAUUGGUGUCUUCUAGUCAGACAGAAUCACUAGGAAAUAACACUGAACUUUUAUCUUGUUCUGAAAGCAGUUUGGAUAUUCCUGUUAGUUGUGUUGAAGAUGCACGAACACAGUCAAUAAAAUUGCCACCCUGUCUACUGCUAGAAGUGAAUCAUGAAUCAGAUUUACUACCCGACAGGAUUCAGGAUGUUAACAAAGUGUCAGAUGUAUCAUUUUCUCAUACUGUUGUGCUUGGUAAGACAAAAUCAGAUGGUACGUCCAUAGAGAGUGAUGAAAAGGUGCAGUUAGAAUCUGAAGGAAAAAGUUCCACAGAGUUCAAAUCAGCGGCUGAUAAUUCUGCUGUGGAAGCAUGCAAAAUUCUGCAUUGUGUGGAUCCAGUGAAUGAUAUUCUAGAGGAGAAAUUCAAUUGUUCUCAUGAUAGAACCAAAGUUGAUUGUAUACUUGUUUCUAAACCUGAUGAUUGUGAGAAAGAUAACAUUUCUAAUCCACUGCUUUGUGCUAUACCUGCUAUCACAUUAGAUAGUAAUCAUCAGAUUGAAGAUACUAAUGCUGUUGACGAAACGUUACCUCAUGCACCAUCAGACACCAAAGUAGUGUUGUGUGAAGAACUUGACUUGAAGGGUGCUGAAAAUAAAAUGGAUUUUUUGUCUAAAGAGGUGUCACUGGAUGUAAGUGUGAAAAACAUAUCAGCAGCAUCUAUUCAUUCUGUUAAUGGAGAUCAUUGUCUGCUGGUGGGUAAGGAAUUAAGACAGAGAAAAGAUUGUUUGCUGUUGAAUGAUAAUACUGUAGUGCAGACAUCUUCAUCAUUUUCAGACAAUCCAUUGACUCCUGGCAGAAGUGAAGUUGCACUUUCUGAUUGGGAAGGGACACUCAGAGUAGAUGAUGAGUUUCAAGAUGCUGAAGUUCCAUCAUGUGGUCAUUCUGAAAUACUUUAUGGUUAUCACUCAAAACAAUUGGUAAUUGAAGAAACUGAUAAUGAAAUAAGUGAAGUUCUUCCAUUGCUGGAAGGAAGUACUUGUAGUGAAAGUUUGGAAAUUUCAAAAAAUUAUGCAACUGUCAAGGAAUCAGUUUUAGAAACCACAGUAAGCUGUCCAGAAAUUGUUAUCCAUGUGAUGAAAGAGAAAGAGAUAAAUCCUGUUUGUGGUGGAUCAGAAGUUAACCAGCUACUUCAUUGUGACUGUAAUGUCAAGGAAGUACCAAAUUCUAAAACAUCUUAUGACAUAAGUCCAAAAUCUCCUUCUGUACAACCUUCCAGUCCAGAUAUGACAAUCAGAGAUCAAAAUCUGUCUCAGACUCAUGAGAAUAGUAUGGGAAGACAUGCACCACACAAAGAAGACAGUUCCAGUUUGUAUGUAAAACUCAUAAGUUCUUCUGGUCAUAGUUAUAGCAGAUCUGUAGUUCCGUUGGUUUCUGAAAGUCAGACUAUACCAAAACAUGUUUUACUACAUCAGCAGAAAUUCUGUGACAGUAAUGGUGAAGACAAAUUACCCAUAGCAGCAACAGGAAAUGAAAAUAAACAGAAUUGCAAGCCGAUUUGUGAUAAAAGUAAAAACACUGAAGAACUUCAGAACAAAAAUUCACUACUUAUUACUGGCGCUAAAUCAGCCACUAUCCAGGAUAACGUAUUGAUACUGAGUUCCCAAAAAACUGUAGAACUAAAAUCUUCAACAGGGCAUUAUCAAACGUCAGAUGAACUUGAAAGUGAGAUUGCGGCUCAUGAUUAUCAGGUGAUUGAUUGUGAGCUUCAAUCUGCAGUCACCAAAUUACCUUUUCAAGAUGCAAGUGUGGCAGACUGUAAAACAUGUCAUCUUGAUUCUCUUAAUUUAUCAAAGAACACCAGUUCUGAAAGGCAAGAAGACAGCAGUCCAAAAGAGAAAUUGAUUACAGGAAUCAAUGGCUCACCUGAUGAUACUGAAUCCCAAAAUAUGGAACAUUUGCAGAAAAAUGUUAUCAACAUUUCUUAUACUGAGCAAAAUAUUGGUACAAUCAUAGGAAGUGUCGCUGAUGAUGUCUCUAGGGUAGACAGUUCCAUAACUGGUAGUGAUGGAGACAUUUCCUGUUUGGAACAAAAUGUAGUUGGUAGUGUGACUGCCACUGGUGUUUCUGAUCCUGUUGUUGAUGACGAUGAUGGCGAUGAUGCUGCUGUUACCACUACAGUUGUUGCCGUUGUCAGUCAUGAAGAUGGUGGUGAUCAUGAUGCUGUUCCUGGUAAUGCUGAUGCUACCACUGGAGACCAUUACGAUGGUACUAAUUCAGAUACUGAUGAUGUUGCCAGCACUACCACUACUGCUUUUACUGCUUCCACUGAUAGUAUCCAUGAUUAUGAUGAUGCAGAAAUUGGUAAUGAUGGUGUUGCUGUUAGCACUGCUGCUUCUGCUGCUACCACCACUACUGACGAAGCUGAUACUGCAGGAAACGUGGUUGCAUACACCUCUUGUAAAGACCAGAGCAAAGUUACAUGCCUGAAUCCAUGUGUGACUGAUGCUGAUACCACCACCGCCACCACCAUUGUGGGUGAUGCUAAUACUACUACUGCGGUCACCACUGUGUGUAAUGCUGAUACAUUUGCUGAUACUACCAGCACCAUCACCACCACCAUUGCUAGUAGUACUGUUAGUAGUGCCACUGACAUCACUCCUGAUGAUACAGAUGAUGCUAAUACUGCCGAUGAUAAAGUUGAUGUUCAUAUUGCUUCUGUCAUCACAGUUGCUGCUGUUGCUACUUCUGCUACCAUUACUACUGUUACUAUCACUGCUGCUGCUGCCACAACCACCACCCCCACCUCCUCUGCUACCACCACUUUUGCUGCUACUACUACUACUACUACUACUACUGCCACAGCUGCAACUAUUACCACCAAUGAUGAUUGUGAUGGUAGUGGUGGUGGUGGUGGUGUUGGCAGCAGCAGCAGCAGCAAGGACAGUGGAGUUACAGAGUCACUAGUGAGUUAUGCUGUGGAAGAGGACUGGCAGUAUGAAGCAAACAUUCAGUGUGUCAGUAUUAAUCAGAUGGCAAGCAGGUCACAGGAAACAGAACGGAAUGGUGCAGGCAUGGAACAGAGACACAUUACGAGCUUGGUCACAUCAGGUUCUGUUACUGUGGAAGAAGAAGACACUGUCAAAUUGUCUGUUAGUACAACAGAAAAUCAAAAAUGUUAUCAACCAAAAGGAAAACUUGGGACCACUUUGAACAUAGAAUUGGAACCAAACUGUAAAUUAUCAGCUGAAGUCAAUCAUAAUGAAUCACAGAAAUCUAUCACUCCAUGCAAAGGACCAACCAGCCCUGCAUACUCAUCACAUGGUACAUGUCACACUGAAUGUGAUUAUACAAGAAAAUUGCUUGGUGAUCCUAAAACUGCAGAGAGCAAGUCCCAACAGCAAGAUAAAUCAACUCUGGAGGAAAUUAGUCAUGAAAUGGACAGUGUUGCAAAUCGUGUUAAACCUUUGCAGCUACAGUGCCAGUUUACAGUGGAGCCAACUAAAGAUGAAUUAAAUAAUUAUGUACAUAAGCUGCAUGGUGAUUCAAGUGCUUUUUCUUUUCGGGAAGAGUGCCUUUCUCUGGAGGAAAUGCGUAAUUCCUUAUUAGACAUGACUCAUGAUGUACCUGUGCAACAGGAACACUACUGUUUGGAAGACUCAGUUAAGGAUGAAAUUUGUAAUUUUGAAUUAAACGUGCCUGCAGACACACCUGUACAACCUGAAUUUAAAUCUUCCAACAGGAUAAUAAAGGAUGAAAUUAACUGUGAAAUAAAUAUCGCUUCAGGCAAUGUAUCCAUACCUCAUGAAUAUUAUUCUCCAUUGGAAUUAAACAAGGAAGAAAUUGGUGAUUUCAAGAUAAAUAUGCCAGAAAAUGUUUCCUGUUGUUUGUCCGCAGAGCAAGACUCUUCAGAAGACUUAGAUAAGGCUAGAAUUGCCAGUUGCACUUUGCAUAUAUCUGCAGAGUCAUCUCUUAAAGAGGAAUGUCUGUCUGUUCAAGAGAUCAACAGCAAACCAAAUUCACCAAUAAGUGAAAACUCAGAACUGGUCCAGAAUAACACACUUAUUCUUACAAACACUGAGAGGACUGUGGAGCUAGUACAGAGCAAUAUGAGUACUCAGAACUCACCCCACAGGCAAGAGGCAGACCUUUCAGUUGAUACAGAUGAUAUGCCACACCUUGAAGUCAUUGACAGAGAUGUUUCACCAAACAGCUCUGAUUCAUUGGAAAUGCCAUGCCUUGAGCUUAUCACAGACUGUGUGCAGCCAAUGGGAAGUGAUGUGCAAUGUCCUGGUGAUAUUUCUGCAUCUGCAAGCAGUGUACCUCCAUUACACAUUUUUCCAGAGAGCAUUCAUACAAAUGCAAAGGGAAAUUCAACAGAACUAGGAAUUAAUGAUGCAGAAGAGUUACAGGAAAAUGACAGCCUAACGUUAAAAGUAACAAUGUUAAGCCAACAUUCUAUGCAUGAAUCAGAACAUCACAGGAAUAGAGAGAUGUCUGUUCAUUCACAGGACCAGGUAAUAAAUUCAACAGACAUUGAACUGCCAAAGAAACAUUUAUCAUCUGUGUCAACAACUGGUAAGACUUAUUUUGGUUUGGAAGAGGAAAAUUUCACUGAGGACUUUGUGAUACAUGAAGAUCCACCAGUAGAAGGUCACAUAUUAUCUGUAUCUCAUAAUACUGAUGUGUUGCAAGAUGACCAGAAAAGAUAUUUAUCAACAGAAUCAUUAGUGACAGAAGAAUGUGGUGGCAGUAUAGUGAAAGCUGUGGAAUGUGAGAUACAAGAGGUGUCAGUUACCCCAGAAACACUGCAGGACAUUUCAGGUUACCUAGAUUCAGGCACUGCCUCAGUAAAAGUGGUAGAAGUAAGUCCAGAAUACAUGCAAGUCUUGCAUACUGAUGUGUCAGGUGGGUGGAAUUCUGUACAUUUGGUGACUUCAGACAUGACAUGUUCUACAUCUUGUGAGAAAACACAGACAGAUACCAAAGAUAUCUUGACUGAUGAGGAAGUGCUUGCAUCAACUGAUGUAGGAAACACAAAGCUGCCAGGUAAUUUUGAACAUGAAACUUUACUCAUGAGUGUUGAAUUGAAUGAGUCUGCAACAGAAACCAGUUUUAACAUUGAAGCUGCUGGCACUAUAUAUUUAACUGAUAAAGAAAAUGAUGCUCUAAGUUCUGUAUGUAGUGAGAAUGUAAAUUUGACAACAGAUGCAUUACCAGACAUUUCAGUUGAACCUUCAUCAUUGGUAUACUCAGUAUUACCAGGCUUGGAUCCGAGUUUGGGAGAAAUAAUGCCCAUUGAUUCUGUAUCGAAUUGGCCAUAUCUUGAGGAGGAAGUUUUUUCAGGGCUUCUGGCAACAGAGACGGACUCCAGCAGUUCUGUGCCAAUAGGUCCCUGUUUGACUGCAGUCCUGUCCAUUCCAGGUUCAAAUAGUGAAGAUACUGCCAAAUCGGAAUCAAGCUUGUUUUCUGAUUGUAACAGACAGUAUAAUUUUCAUACACAGUCAGACUCAAACGAUGCACCUGUGGCUAUAAACGGGUUGAAGUGUCGUCUUAGCUGGAAGAAAAUAUUUGCUCUGUCAAAGGGUGACAAGAAGAGGAAGCAAGAAACUAAAAAAGGAGAAAACCCAAAAGUGACAAGUGAAAAUUUUAAAUGUGCUAAUUCUGGGCAGCAAUUGAAGGAAUAUUCUGAAAUUUGCCAUGCAAGUGAUAAUAUCAAAUUAGUUAAUAAAUGUGAGAGGUUAAAUGGAAAUCUGAAUAGGCAUAUUGACUUAAAGGAUGAAAGAAUCAGUGGAUUGGAAUUAGGUCCUGCGAAAAUUGAAGUUCGUUUACCUCCAAGCCCCUCACCAAGAGGUCAUCUAAAAGCAUGGAGAGUGAUAGAUGGGCCUAAAGCUGAAAGAGUUUUAGAUCAGGGAGGGUCCAAAACAGUUUUAUCAGAUGCUUCUGCUGGAAACAUUAGUUGCAGAAGUGUUGCAAGGGCUGUUGAACCAUUAACUAGUGAACUGACACAGAUGCCCAUAGUGCUUGUCAAGAGACUCAUACUGAAACGUAGAUGUGAUGAUGACGAUGAUGGUGCAGGUUCUGAUAUGAAGAAGAAAAAGAAGAAGAAGCUGAAUUGUAGAGAAUUGUCAGAUCCCAUUACCAGGAGUUUAGGUAAUGAUGGCUUCACCCAAGUAACUGUAUCAUCUGAACAAAUAGAAGUACCUGAUGAAUCAGUUUGUGAUUUUGUUACACCACAUGGCAGAAGACUGCAAGAUUCAGAACACUUAAAUGGUCUUCAAGAAAGGUGUGAUUCAAGUAAUUCCACACUGAUGAACAAUAGUUCUUUAUCUCCGCAGAUUGAAACACAAGCAGCUGUAAGGAGAGAUAGCAGCAAUUCAGAAUCUGAAGAAGACCAAAGUUCCCAUACAUCGAUAGAAAGCAACAGUGGAGAAGCUGAAUGUUGCAAGUGUUGUAGCUCUAGUACCUGUAUUUUGUCCGAAGGAAAGUGUCUAGAUGGAAUAGCUACACCUGCUGACACGUACAAGACACAUGAUGAUUGUAUUGAUGACAGUAAACCUUUUGAUAUUGGCAUAAAUUUAAACAUUAGUUAUAAUGAACUUCCUUCAGCUAACAGCUCUGUUUCAAGUGAAGACAAUACCAAGCAACAACUACCUAGGGUAAUAAUUAAACGAACUGUAGGUAUGGGUAAUACUAACAAGUAUCAAAGCUUUCUUCGCAGUGUCUCAUCUAGUGAUGAAUCUUGUAAUCGAUGGCAGCCAAUUGUUCAACUUGAAAGAAAUUUGUCACUAGAUGAGCUUGCAAAGAAUAGUUCAGUGAAUAAUGGGACACUUAAAGCUGCAAAAAUGCCUGAUAAUUUACGACAUGGACUCAAAAUUAGUCUCAAAUCUGCCCCUGGUCAUCCUUAUGUGACAUUAGUUCCAUUACCAUCAUUACCUUGUAGCCCUGUGGAUAAAAAUAAGAGUCAUUCAGAGAGAGCCAAGAAACGGAGAUGUGGAAUAAUUCCAUCCAGAAUAAGAUCACGGCAUGGUGAUGUAAAUCAUUGGAAUCCACAAAGACGUGCAAGAAAAUUUACCUCUCUGAAAUCAUCAUCAUUUUAUGUUAGGCAUGAUCAUGAUCCAUGUCUCAUGUCAUUACCAACAGAUAAUAGACAACUACCAAGUCCAAAAUCAUGCCGCAGUCAAAGAAGUCCCCCUAUUAAAUUAAAAUUGUUUAACGGCUCUAGCAGAGUGAAAAAUGGAACUUUAAAAAUGGACAAAAACAUUAGUGUUACAGGGAAUUGUGGUGAUGGUGGAGACGAAUAUGUAGUUGUUGAAAACAGAAAUUAUACCAAAGAUAGUAUGACAAAGAUAACAUUCCAAAGGCAUAAAAGGAAAGAAGUUUCAGUCAGAAAGGAAUGUAAUGAAAUUGAGAUGAAAGUGAAUAAAUUUAAGAGUGACUUGGACAUACCAGCUGUACCCGAUAAAAACAUAUUAUCAGUACAUGAAAUUGAAACUAUAUGUUCAGAAGAUAGCAGUAGUAUUUAUGAUUUGACUGUGCCUUCACAAGGAACUGUUCAAAGGAGAUUAUCCAUUGAAUUUGACCAAGAGACAUCAAAAAAAGAACUACAUCAUUUUCAUAAGAAACACAUGCCAAAUAUAAGUCAUGCCAUUGACUCAUCAGGGCAAGAAAUUGCUACUGUACUGGAGGAUACUGGUGAUAUGGUGUCAGAGGACUGUUCACAAAGUGAUGCAGCCAUACUGAAUUACAUGCCAUCUGCUGCACUGCAACCAGAGACUGUACAGUCCAGAGCAGCUUUACAUGAUGGUUACCCAAAAAUCUCUAAAACAAAAAAAAGACAGUACUUUGACGAUGUAUAUCUUGACAAAGAUGUACUUCCUCUAUUUCAGCCUGAUAGAAUAUUAUCAGUUUCAUCUACAAAGAAGAAACAAUCAAAUCCAAAAAUGAAAUGUCCGAAGUUAGAUGGGAAAGCAUUAGAGGAAGAGAUCAUAAGCCUAAGUGCAGAUGUCCACAUGGAUUACAGUGAUAUUUUUUGUAAGCAAGUAAUGGAUGACACAGUUGUAAAAUCCAAAGGAGGACAAAAGUGUUCAACAGAAGGGUGUUUUGGAACAUAUCCUAGGGCUGAAGAAUGUCCAGAGGAAACAUUGAGCAGCAAAGAUGAUGGGCUUGUGCUGGUCAGUUCUUCAAAGGAAUCAGAGCCUGAAUUGCAUGUACUGAAUGACUGUGGAACUGAAUGUGUUGGUAGUUCGAGUAUAUUGGAAGAAGAGGAAGAACAGAAGCUGUGGAGUGACAUUCAACCCAAUGUGGUAGAAUCAACCGAACAAGGGGACGAUGCUUGUCAAGCCUGUGGCCAUAUUUACAGCAGCCGUGAUGAGAGGACAUUACACAUCCGUCGACAUCCAUAUCACUGUCAGAGAUGUCAUCUUGCAUUCAAAUCAGAGGUGGACUUUGUGAGUCAUCUCUCAGAACGACAUCCUCGGACGAGAGAGCGACAUCAUUGCUUGUUGUGUGAGCGCAGUUUCCCAACAGCUGAGCGCUACAAGCUACAUCUGUCAGGUCGCGCACAUCGUCACCUGGAACUCACCCAGCGUCGCACCAUUCACACUCUGUUCUCCAUCUUCACUGGACACAGCUGCCCCGUGCUGACUCCUCUCUCAGACAGUGAACUGGCAGGUCUCAAAUGGUUCCCUGUGGAACCCGGAACUAUACACUUUUACCAUCAGGCCACACCCCUGCAGCGUGCCAUGCAGGACUUGCUGUUACAGAAGGAAGGGAGUUACACUGAUGCUGCAGGGAGCAACAAUAGAACACCAGAAGACUACCCAUCCAAAUCUGGUGAUUCAUCAUGAGUAGUUGUGUGCAAAUGUAAAAUUGCAAGUAUGACAAUAUGCAUGAGAUUUUAUACAAAAUCAGAGUUGUUACAUAUAUAUUAAGAUAUUUUCAGAUGAAAUGCUCGUUUCAUGAACUUGAAAUUUAUUUUUAAUGCACAUUUUAGAUACAAGUAUAGUUACCUUUGGAUGGUGUAAUAACCAUAUGUAUGUUUUGAAAAAAUAUGAAGUAAAGUCAUGGUAUGUUGAGGAGUGUUACAGAGCACUGUAGACUCUAUUGGAAAGAUCUCAUUUAGAUACUACCUUUUUAACAUAAAUUGUUAUUGUUUGUCAGUCAUUCCUUCUAAUAAUGUUUUUCAGUUAAGUUUGGAGUAAUUCAGAAUGUCUCAAAUGGUUUAUCAGUUUGUACUAUUGUUUCCUGACUUGGGCUGCCUUCAAUGAAACUGGAGUAAAUAGUAUUGAUCAUGGAAGUCAUCAAGUUUUCAUGGUUUGCUGAGACUUGCAUAUUUAUUUUUGGUUGGUGACAAUCCUGUGAUAGGCUGGUAUGCCAUUGUUUUGUGGAAAUUAAUAUUCUUGUUCUUCAGAGCAAGGUUACUGAUCUCUGUUAUUAUUGGUACUUGUCUGAAGGGCUGUGGAAAAUAUGUUGAUCAUUUGAAUCUGAAGAUGGAACCUCCAGUUUCUUCAAAAUGUUGGCACACUGCCCUCUCACAACAUGAUGGAUGUCGCUUAUAACAUGAAAAUGCAAUUUUUAAUUUUUACAAGGGCUGUUCAAUAAACACUGAGAAUGAUUUUUUAAAACAUUCCCCCUUCCAGAUAUAUGACUUGAAAGGCAAGACAGUUGUAGCUUGUAAUCAAGGUCACAGCACAAGCACAAUUAAUCAUGCAGCAACCUGUAACUUCAGAAAGUGAUUCAUACCUGUCAGUGCUACCAACUACAAUAAAUCCAAGUUCACUUAAAACUUCCUAAAUCAUUCUCAGUGUUUAUUUAACAACCCUUGUAGUUACAUUUUAUUAUAUUUGUUUUUGUCUGUAUGGGAAAUGAAUCACGAAGUUCAAGGGUCUUGUAUGCACUUCAUAUUUUAAUGUGGUUGUAGAUAUGCUUAGGUCAUAACCAUAACCCAUACUAAAAUUCAUCUGGUUUGGUCCAGUAUAUAAAACUGACAUGCUUGAGGGUAUGGCUGAUUGUUUACCAUUUGAAUAAGAAAUUCAGUGCAAGAAAUCAAAAGCUUGUUGUUAGUACAAUGUAAUUGCACCUUUUCAAAUGUGACUCUUAACCUGAUCAUUAAAACAGUCUUUCAUAGACAGAGUGCUAGAAAAUGUUGACCUGAAGAGUUUCUUCAUGAUAAUUUUCUAUAAAAAUAAUUUGAAUUACUGCAAAUUGUAAACAUUUGCACACACUAUGCCUUUCACUAAGUGCAUUUGUUGUUUUAUUUUCUUCAUGUUGUAUGGAGGAUAUGACUGUUGUUUGAAUGAAGCUAUUGAUGUAAAUGUAUUUUGCUAUGCAUCUAAUUUUAAAUGUGUACAGUCUAGUUACAAGUUGCAACAGAGUUAUUUAAUAGGAACCUUUUCUUGUCAUGCAAAUGAUCUCUUUGAGGAUGCACUGAUUCCUGUACUGUUGUGGGGUUCUAAUGUAAGUUAAAGGAACCAUCAUGUAUAUGAGUAUGUAUAUUUAAGUGCUUUCUGUUCCCUGUAUAUUAUUUUGCAAUUUCAGCAUAAUGAUGAUGAAUUCCAGACUGUACUUAAAGGGUUUAUUGUUUCAAUCCCCCUGUCCCACCUCAGAAAGUUAAUGGGAAGAUGAUAGUGAGAAAAUUUGUUUAUAAUGAAAGUAUUCACCUUUCAAGCCAAUUUUUAAUAAAUCGGGUUGUAAGCUGUGUCAAUUAGUUAAAAGUCAAUGACAUUUCAGGGCUGUGGUACAGGUUAUAGCCUGAGAAGAUUGUAUUAAUGUUAGCCAUGAAAACUUUAAACCAAAAGUUUUUGUUAACUCUGUGUUAUACUGAGUGGAUUUUCAUGAAAUUUGAUGAUGUGGAGUUUUAGUGAAAUUUGUUAAAACAUUGCAGGUUUAUCUAAGUUUGGAUAACAAUAAUUCACACUUUGUGUGAAAACCUAUAUGUGCUUUAUUCUGCAUGUUGAAAUGACAGGGUGGGAAAUCUGCAGGAACUUUUGUUACUGUAGCUACCGUGGUAUCCUUCUGAAUCCCAGCCAGCUACACCACCUCGUGGAAGAAUUCUCUGUGAUGAUGUCAUUACCCAGACAUUUGGGUGUUAGACACCCUACCCAUGCAAAAGUGAAUGACCGCAGACAUCUCUCACAUCACUGGCUGUAUUCACAAAGGAAAAAUUCUGUUGAAUGUACCAGAGUGAUUGCCCUAUGCAUACAUUUCAUAACUUAUAGGAUUUUACAAAAGCUUUGUUGUGAUUGCAUAUAGUACAGAGGAAUUGUUCAGUUCUGGUUGGAGUUCAAUCAGCAGUAAUCAUUUUCAUUGUGACUGAUACUACUUAAAAUUAAAAGUGUGCAGCCCUCUCCUCAUUAAUGUAGAAAUUUGAAAUUAGUAUCCAUGGGAACAAAAGUACUUACAAUUAACAUUUAAGCAUGAGUUUAAAACACUAUGGAAAUUUGAAUUCAGAAUUUCGUUAUUCUAAUAUUUGACGUACACAGUGAAGCUGUGUAUUGCAGUUGUCCAAUUUUGUGUUCUAAAGAAUUCCUCAACAGCUCCCUGCAAAAUCACAAUUUCACGGAAUCACUGUGUGAGUUCCUUUUUGUCUCCUUGGUCAUUACCGGUAACUUAUUUGUUACAUGGUUCUUAGUCAGACAAACAGUGUGUACUCACUGUGUAUUAUUGGUGGUUCCCAAUUUGAUUUUACUGUGACUUCUGUAAAACCUCAGGCUUAAUUUUUUAGCACUUCUGCUUUGAAACAGGUAAGCCACAUAAUCUGCAGUUGGAAAAUACUGCUGCAUGUGGGGUGUUGUUAAUGCAGCAGUUUAAGUAUAGUGUAGCUCUGUUGUAACAUUAAUGUUAGGUUGAGACUGUCCUGUGCUGCAUUAUAUAGUGUAGCUUGGUGGAUAAUGCAAAUGGGAACCUGCUCAAUUAUUGGGACCAAAACAAAAACAUGUACAAUGGAAUUAACUGUGUUGCUUGAAUUCAUGGAAGAGUUUAAUCUAUAUAUGUAUAUAUAUACACAUAGAGAUAUAUAUUUAUGUUAUGUAUAUAAUUGCAAUGUUACAAAAUGUCUAUUUGAUGUUGAGAGAUGCCCUGUUCUGUAAGUUCCUAGUUUUAAUUGCUAAGAUUGCUUUUUAAAUCAAACUGUCAUGCAAAUUAUAUGAGUAUCAUGCUGUGGAAGAAAAUUGUUGACAUACAGGAGCAGUGGAGUUGCAUGCAGUUGCAUGCAGUUUAUGAUUACACCACUGAGACUUGUGUAUUUAAUACAGUUCUUUCGUAUAUUGAGUUUCUUGCCUUCUACUGAGUCCAUGUGAGAAUUUUUUCACCUUUUUGUAUUUCGAUGAACAUUAUUAACAUCUUGUGCAUCAUAGUAUUACCUUCCUUUGAUCCCAAAUUUCUAAGAUUUUCACAAAUAUUUUCAGUAGCAAGUUUUCAGCAUUUCCUUUGUGCUACCUUGGCUACAGCAGGUAUUGUUGGCCAAUACUUGCUAAAUCUGAAAACUUUUCAAUCUCAAUUUAUUUUUAUGUGUAGUCAGAGAUAGCAAGCAGCACAUAACAUUUUCUAAAGCUAAGGAAAUUUAGGUACUAGUAUAUUAUAACUAAAGCAAACUUAUACACUUCUAGCUGCAUGUAAUUGUGCAUAUUAAUAAAGGGUUGAGUUCAAAAUACACAUGUGCAAACCAGAAGUACCCUUUUUAUUCAAAAUUUGAGUUUCUUUCAUAUUGGAUGUUGAAUGAGUACAACUCUUCUUCUAGUGCCAUUUGAAUAUGUUUUGACACGUUAUCAUCUAUCUUGCCUUAAUACAGACGUUUUUUCUACAUUCAGUCACAUAGAUCAUCGUAGUGUCAGAUGAGAAACUACAUGAUUGAAUGAUUGAUCAGGAAGAGGGUGGAAGGAAACAGAUGAAACCUCAGGAUAGUUAUUCUGAUAGUUGAGAUUUUAUAUCAUUCCAGAUAUGAAGUAUGAGUUCCAACUAUUUACAUCACACAUCUUUAUUACAUUCCAUGGAUCCAGAAGUUAGUCAGAUGACAAUAGGAUGUGUGUUGAUAAAAGUAAUAGAAAAUCAUAGGAUUUUAAUGAGGGAAUAAACAAAUAUGUUUGUUAAGAAAAAUAAUAGUGAUACUGUAGUAGAAAGUAUGCUUCUCCCAGUCUUCUUUUCUUUUAUCAUUUUGCUGUACAUCAGUUUAAACAAGUCAAGGUUGUAUCUGUGGAGCUUGGUAACAAGGGCUUAGGUCAAAUGUAAUUUGUAUUUACUUAAGCAGUUUUACUGAGCACCUUAGAUAUGUAAAGAGUAUGAAAGACCUCAGCAUUCAGUUAGAGAACUGAGUCUUACGUUGUGUUUUUGCAUGAAGUGUGCUCAUGGAGUUGACAGAAUUAUAUCCAUAGUCAACUAACGAUUAAGAUCUGAAAGUUUGUAAUUCAGCUUUAUGCAGUUCACUUUUUUGAUAUGUAUAUUGAGUUUUGGAUAAGUAGAUGUAUAAGUGAAUAUUCACAAAGGCAAAAAAAUUCUUAAUUCUCUCACUACUGCAGACUUUCAUAGAAUUGAAUAACUUUUUAGAGGAGAGACCUCUGUAGCCAACUGUUGAAAAGUAUUGUGUUAACAUACAAAUGGAUUAUGUACAAUAGAAAACCUUGCUGUAAGCAUCAGCCAUGUUUGAUCAUGGCAGGCCUAGCAGAAUCUGCCUCACUGGCUUAAUCAUGUAAUAUUAGUCAAAUAUUGUAGAGCAGGCAUGUCAUACUCUGUUUCUAUAAAGGAUAACUUAAAAAACAUAUGAAUGUUCCAGGGGCUAUUAACAUGUGGGGGAAUCAUAACUGCAUACUUUAAAUUCCAGGCUUAAGCUUAAGGCACAUUUUUCCACAUGCACACACAAUUGUGAAUUGUUGAAACACUUUUUUGCUGUAUUCAAAUGAAAUAAAAAUAGCAGUACACAAAUAGCUAUUUAACAUCCAGUUGAAACUUAAAUUGUAUUUGAAUUGGGACAUUUGGAGGCAGUUUAUCAUGUAUAGUUGAGAACUAAAAUGUAUUAAAAUUCAGACAUUUGGCAUAGAACAUUAUUUAUGAUUCAAGAACUAUGUCAGGCUACAUAAAAUAUCGAAGAGGGCCAUGAGUUUGACAUGUCUGCUGUAGAGCACUUCAUGAAUUAAAUGUGUUUUCAACUGUUUACUUUUAUUAAAUAAUCGUAUCUGUUUGA